AUGGCCACACAGGUCGUUAUCAAUGUCAAUCACAUCGUCAACCAUAGCUCGCAGACCUCCAGAGACAACUUGUUACAGUACAAUUCACACCUCAACAAUCAGCCUGCACCCGAUGCCCUUCUCUUCAUAUUGCCUUUGCUUAUCGUGCUCUCGACUUUCCUUUUCAUCCUCCUCAUAUUUCUAGUAUGUGUCAUAUUCGUUCGUAGACGACGUGGUAUCGUCCUACGAGAUAGUGAUGGUCCUACCGACAUGAGUCGAGAGGAGCUUAUGAACGGAGAAGGAGGCCUUGAAGGCGUGGAAUCUCGCUGGCUCGAGAGUGUGUCUGAAAAUGUUCGGCGCUCAUAUCUCAGAGCAAAAGAUUACCAAUUGCAAUAUGCCCCAAACUCGGAGCCUACAGAUAUCACAUUAUCUCAAUUCCUUUCUAUUCAGGAGAAGGGUGUUUCUGCAUGGUCCUUCGAGCCCGACUACGAGACUAUUAAUUCACUUCUGGUUCAUGCUCGCACGGAAAUCACCUUCCUUCCUGAUCCUGCAUCUGCCUCGUGCGUGCAGUCGAAUUUACCCCUCCCCAAAUUGAACGAGGUCUACUACUUGGAAGUCAAGAUGUUUGACCUUCCCGAAACUACUACAGUUGCCGUUGGACUGGCCACCAAACCCUACCCAUCUUUCCGACUUCCGGGCCUGAACCUUUUCUCUGUCGCUUACCACUCCAGCGGUGACAAGUGUUACAAUUAUCCCUUCACUGCGUCACCAUUCGGGCCCCUACUCAAAGAAGGCGAUAUUCUUGGCAUUGGUUAUCGUCCCCGCACAGGAACCGUGUUCUUCACUAGAAACGGGCGUAAGAUGGAAGAUGCUUUCAUCGGCCUCAAUCGCUACAAUCUAUUUCCCACGAUCGGAGCAGAUGGUCCAUGCAGUGUUCAUGUCAACCUUGGCCAAGCUGGCUUCGUCUUUAUUGAGGCGAAUGUAAAGAAGUGGGGUCUGGCUCCGACCGUGGGAACUCUAGCACCCCCACCUGCCUAUGGGAGUGAACGAGGCAGUAUCUUAUUGGAUGUGGGAGGUGGCGUACGACCCAGCGCUCCAAUUAUUUCUACGCCUAGCACUUCUUCCACGCCCCGCAGACGCUCUCACCGCUCUCGAAGACCGAGCAAUCCACUCUCAGCGUCGUCUGUUCCCGUCGCUUCUUCGCCACUUAGAGGCGCUCCUAUAUCAUCACAUACCGGGGAGCCUAGUACUCCUCCCCCACCAAUUACACCGAUCAUUGAAGAGCCCGACAGCACGGACCCCUCAAUUGGCCAAGGAUAUCUGUCUCCAACAGAUUUACCUUUCCACACACCAUCAAACCACACCCUUCCAUUGUACCCUGCCACAGAAGACGAGAGCGAGCAGGAGGACGGAGAUGGCUCUCCCUCCCAGUCACCAACCUCCUCGCGUUCACGAUCGCCAGAAAGCGAAGGUGCCGCAGGUGCGAGCAGCCUUUUUAGCAUCCCUCGCUUUCGGCGCGAUUCUUUUACUCACUUCCUGGCCGCGAUGCAACAUGCAGGUUCAGACUUGACCAUUCAGGUGCAUCCACCGCCUGAUUCGCCUCGCUCGCCGAAUCCGCCCACGCCUCAACCACGUGAUAUUCAUCUGGAGGCUUUCACUAGCUCAUCAACAGAAGGAUCAGAUGAUGCAUCGGAAGCAAGAUCUCCGACAUUUACGAGGCGUGAUCCCCCAGCAUAUUCACCGUUGGAUGCAUUCACGUAUGCGGAGGGCGUCCAUAUCGACUUGCCGGCCGAUGUGAUCGCUGCAGCUCUGGAGGGGGAUAGUAUUCCUCCUAGUGCAAUUGGUCAGGGGAAUAGCGAUCGGUCGGAAAGGCGUCGUAGCAGACGAGCCAGACGGUGA